AUCUUUAUGAUUCAUACAUCAUUGUAUCUUUCGUAAAUGCCACACUUGUGCUGAGCAUUGGUGAGACUGUAGAGGAAGUGACAGAUUCGGGUUUCCUUGGUACAACUCCUACAUUGGCUUGUUCUCAGCUUGGAGAUGAUGCACUUGUACAGAUUUAUCCAGAUGGCAUUCGUCAUAUCAGAGCUGACCGUCGUGUGAAUGAGUGGAAAGCCCCUGGAAAGAAGACUAUUGUGCGAUGUGCUGUCAACCAGAGACAAGUAGUGAUUGCUCUCACCGGGGGAGAAAUUGUUUACUUUGAAAUGGAUCCA